UCAGAGAUCGUCAAACAAGAAACUAAUCGCAGUAAUGGAUUCCUCUAAUAUGACUGCGCUGGAUGGAGUGAAAAAUCAUCCCAAUAUCGUGGAGCUACCGAAUACAAUUUUUGUUUGUCCGACGGACAGAGAAGAUGACUCCGUACUGUUGUACACAAUGCGGCUUUCGAAUAACAACGGGACACGUGGCACGGUGGAUGUAUCAAUUUGGCCGACUGCAGUCGACCAUCCUCCGGAUGCUAUUGAUAAUAUGCGAGGGACAGCAAUUCGAUUAUGUACUCUGAUGUAUCCACCAUAUGUAUAUUAUUCGGAAUUGACAGAUCCAGAACAGGCAAACGCUCGUUAUGACCCGAAAUACAAACAGGAUGAUCUGCCAUUAUUUUUGGAUGGAACCGAAGUUAUGUUAUUGCUCGAAUUUUGUCGCAAACACAAUUGUACCAUCGAAGCUUCUUUCGAUGAAGUUAGUCUCUGGGGUGAAGUUUUUGAUAAUCAUACGGGAACUGGAUUGCUCGGAGCUGUUGUUGAACGUCGGGCUGAUAUUGCAAUGGCUGCCAUCUACUUUUGGAGACAGCCGUAUAAAUUCGCAGCCUACGUUUUACCGAUUAGUCGUUCAGGAAUCACUGUACUAGUUCCAAAGCCUCGAAUGUUAGCACCAUGGCGAACUCCUUUCCUUUCCUUCAGCGGAUAUCUCUGGAUAGCUGUUUUUAUAGCAUUUUGUGUAGGGGCUCUAGCAGUGUGGUUAAUUGAGAAGGUGCGUUAUCAAAUUCUGAGACCCUCGAACGAAACGCCAAUCACGAUCAGUGAUGCGAUGUUGACCAUGAUUGGAUUUUACAUGGAACAGAGUGCUCGCAUGCGUACGGACAUGGCAUCGUGUGUAUGUUUAUUUACAUCUCUGCUUUUUGCUGGAUUUAUGGUUGGUAAUAGUUAUGGGGGCGGCUUGGCAGGAGUCAUGACUUUACCGCAAUAUGAAAAGCCUAUCGAUACCACUAGAGAUUUAGCUGCCAGUGGGAUGCUGUUCGCUGGUGGUGCUCUUUCUUGGAUUUUCUCAAUGUUACAAUCGCCUCAGCCUUACAUGCAAACGUUGGUGAAAAACUAUCGUAUCAGGAAUGACGACUAUUUGAGUAUGCACACCAAGACGCUCGAUCUGGGUUUCGUAGGAGAACGUACAGAGUUUUCGCACUUUGUGCCGUCGGAUUUCGUCGAUAACGAAGCUUCCACCAAGCUUCAGCUAUUAAAAGAUGAUUUGUACUGGGAAUCGGUAACGGCAAUAGUGACCAAGACCAGUCCCUUUCGUCAUGCGUUGGAUGAUCUUAUCAUGCAGGUCAAGCAAUCUGGAAUUCAACACUACUGGGAAUUGAGUAUGGCGAAUCGGUAUCUCCAUACAACCAGUCAACGAAAUAUCUGAAACGCCCGAUCAUUUGGAUCUGGUGACAACGGGGUGGUUAAGCUUACGAUAUCUCACUUUUUAGGUGCUUUUAUGAUUCUGGCUUCUUUUCAAUAAUUAGAUUUUAACCGUUAUG